UUUUGAUUUUAUUUAUUUAUCUGUCGUGUUUCUAUUUUCAGCUUCAGUUCCCACUGAAUUGUAGCAGACUGAAUCCUCACUCCAGCAUUGCGCUUCCAAAACGACAUUUCCUUGCGUCAUGCCGACGCUGGUAGUGACGAGCUGCUCCACUACACUCCUCCUAUCUCACCUUUCCUCCCCACUCCUCCUCAACUCUUCUCCCAUCAGGACCACAGGGAUGUGAUGCGCUGAUACACACAAGGCUGGAGAACAACUUUUCUUUUUCUUUUCUUUUUUACCCAGCAGCCAAAUUUGGGAGUGAUUUUUGCACUAACUUCACACUGAGGGAGGGGAGGGGUGAACUAGUUAGGUGGGUGAGUGUGUUUUUGUUUUUGUUUGUUUUGUUUUUUCUUUUCUUGGAAAGCGCCAAAACAACAACAACAACAAUAACAACAAUAACAACAACUCAGCAGCCGUGUCCUGUGUUGUUCAUCCCAUAUGUCGCGAAAGCAGGUCGACCAUGACUACAAUCUCCGUAGUAUGAGCAACUUGAUGGGUGAGCGGUGGAAGAAAGUGAACGACGGAGGAGAGCGGAGUCUCAUCAAGGCUCCGUCCAGCGCCAGCAUCAGCAGCCAGGGCGCCUCCGCCGCGGCUUCCACCGCAGCUGCCCCGGCAGCACCUUCCUCUUCCACCGGGGACUUGGAGAGGGCUGCCCGCAAGCAGUUCCAGCAAGAUGUCACGCCCGGUUUCGUCUACGUCCUUGCCGCCUUCUCCGCCCUGGGGGGCUUUCUGUUCGGUUACGACACCGGGGUGAUCUCCGGGGCGAUGCUCCUGCUGAAGAGGGAGCUGGACCUGAGCGCCCUGUGGCAGGAGGUGCUCAUAUCAAGUACUGUGGCCGCGGCCGCCCUUUCUGCGCUGCUGGGCGGCUUCCUCAACGGGCUGUUCGGGCGCAGAGUGUGCAUACUGUUGGCCAGCUUCUUCUUCACCGUCGGGGGGAUCGUGCUGAGCACCGCCCCUGGCAAGGAGGUCCUCCUGGCGGGGAGGCUCAUCGUCGGAGUGGGUCUUGGUAUCGCCUCUAUGACAGUGCCAGUGUACAUCGCUGAGGCCUCUCCGCCCCACCUCAGGGGGCAGCUGGUAACGAUUAACACCCUCUUCAUCACCGGUGGACAGUUCACCGCCAGCCUCAUCGACGGCGCUUUCAGCUACCUGCAGCACGACGGGUGGAGGUACAUGUUGGGGCUGUCGGUUCUUCCCGCUGUGCUCCAGUUUAUCGGAUUCCUGUUCCUGCCGGAGAGCCCUCGCUGGUUAAUCCAGUGCGGGCUGACCCAGAAGGCCCGCCGUGUGCUCAGUCAGAUACGAGGCAACCAGAACAUCGACGAGGAGUACGACAGCAUCAAGAACAGCAUCGACGAGGAGGACGGUGGAGGAGAUGGCCCGGUGAUCUGGCGGAUGCUGAGCUACCCCCCAACUCGACGGGCCCUCCUGGUGGGAUGUGGUCUUCAGAUGUUCCAGCAGCUUUCAGGAAUCAACACGGUGAUGUACUACAGUGCCACCAUUCUUCAGAUGUCCGGAGUGAGGGACGACAGGCUUGCGAUCUGGUUGGCUGGACUCGCCACCCUCACUAACUUCCUGUUUACCCUGUUGGGAGUGUGGCUUGUGGAGAGAGUGGGACGCAGGAAGCUCACACUGGGUAGUAUCAUAGGUACAUGUUUGAGUCUGAGUUUGUUGGCCAUCGGUUUUCUGAUGUCUGCUGAGCACAGUCCUCCUGUCACCUUCCACCCAUUGGACCCAUCCAUGGCAAACUCUACCUGCUCCAAAUACCAGCUGUGUGAGCCAUGCAUGCUGGACCCCGGAUGUGGUUUCUGUUACCGUGAGAAUGGCUCAGCGCUUCUCGCCUCCUCCUGUGUGCCAGUCAAUAAGGCCUCCACCGAGCACGCAGCGUGGGGCAGAUGUUCCAACUCCAGCCUGAUGAAAGAUCAAACCUACUGGGCCUACAACUACUGUCCCACCUCCUUCUCCUGGCUGGUUUUACUGGGUCUGGUGUCCUACCUGGCUGCUUUCGCUCCAGGGAUGGGUCCCAUGCCAUGGACCAUCAACUCAGAGAUCUACCCUCUGUGGGCGAGGAGCACUGGGAAUGCCUGUGCAGCUGGAGUCAACUGGACCUUCAACAUCCUGGUGUCUCUCACCUUCCUCCAUCUGGCUCAGUAUUUCACCUACUUUGGAGCUUUCUUCCUCUACUCCAGCAUGGCUUUGCUGGGUUUCUUCUUCAUCUAUGGCUGCCUGCCGGAGACUAAAGCUCGGCGUCUGGAGGAGAUCGAAGCGCUGUUCGAAAACCAGCUCUGUUCCUGCGGCGCCACAGAUUCAGACGAGGGACGGCAGGUCGAAUACAUCCGUGUCAAAGGUUCAAACUACCAUCUAUCGGACAACGACGCAUCAGACGUGGACUAGGGAGAGUUUGUGUGUCGGUAACCUCCCUUUGGGUGGUACGUUGGGUCUGUAAUGUUUAGUGUGAAGAGGAGCUACAGAUCACUAUGAGGUCAAGAAACAGUUUAAAAGGCCUUCUGCUUGUAUCAGUAAUGUGAGUGAGUUCACAGUCAGUCAAUUCAGGAAUCCAAAAUCAAUGACAAAGCUUUAGCAGUUAGCAGAGGGGUGUGUGUCUGUUAUCCUCUGAAUUGAGGGUGAACUGACGCCAAAUCUGGAGUUAAACCUGCUUGAAUAAAAUUUUCAGCCAUCCACCAUAAAUAUCUCAAUUGCAAACAGCUAAAAUAUUGCCUUUUCCACACGUAACUGAACAAAAUAUAAGGGACACUCUCUCUCUUAUGAAGUCCACUGAUGAUGAUACUUUACAAAAGGGGCUGCAGUUCAGUAUCAGUGAGAUGUCCAUAAUAUUUUGUGACUAAAUAUCAUUAAUGGUUUAUAUAUGACGUUGUACAUAUAUAGUAUAAAAAGCAAACAACACAGCCAUCCUAUAGCUUUAUGUCAGUUUCCAUUGAGAGCUCCGUUUAAAUAAGGUCCAGUAAAUGUGGUCUUGAAAACCAGGUUUGUGCGUCUGCAAAACUUUUGUUGUCAUGACAGCAGUUGUAAGUUAUUGUUGAUCGAUAGUACCAUUUAUGCCUUUCUAUAUGAAACAGUCUCAGUUAAAUGUUGUUCAAGCUUGUAGCGUAGCACACUAAUGUCAGUUCCUCAUCUGAUGACAGUCUUAGUUUGUGGUGGUUCUGAUAUUUUGUAUGACAAGCCAACACCAGAGAUGUACAGCAUAUUGUUCAAGUUUAGAAGACUUGUAUUGUCAGUCGGUGCCUAAACAAAAAGACUUACCAAUCUAGUAGCAUUGAAAGGAAUAUUAUUAUUAUUUUUAUUAAAUAAUGAAUUUAAAUACUAUUAUUUCUCAGCUUUACAACAAAUUGAUUUAGCAUAAAAUUGCAGCUUUUAACAUAAUACUAUGGAGAGUAUAGUCUCAUGUCAUUCUGUCACAAGGCUGCCAAAACCUACACUUUGAAUCCAUGUCAUGAACCUACAUAUGUCAUGAACCAUGGUUGUUAUUGCUGGGUAUUAAAUAUGUAAUGUCCUGCAAAGGAAGUGGUUUCAUGAUUAAGACUUCAUUUGUAUUGAUAGUGAAAAUGACAUGAUAAUAUUAGUGCCUGUGUAUUGUGAAGGUGCCUAAUGGCCAUUUUUCAUUCCAAACCCCUGAAGUGGAUGUAUUAUAUCAUGUUAUGAUGAUUACAAAAAUGUUUUUGACAUGUACAUAUUAUUAUUUAUUUCACCCGUGAUGGAAUAUUGUUUUUUUUACUAUCAUUUUCAUGUAUUUUGAUUUUGGUCUUCCUCCAUAGCCUUGUGUACAAAUAGCAUAUGUGGUUCUUGUGUCAAAAGUCGAGGAGUAGGCUUUAGCGUAAUUUGCCAAUGUUGUUUUGUAAUGCUGUAAAACUAUGUGAGGUUACACCUUGUUAGUCAGAUACACAUCGGUUUGUGUGUAGCAAGAACUGUUUGAAAGUAGACUACGGAGUAACUUUGUGUAACAAAACA